AUGGAAGCAGAGAACGAAAAGCCAAUCACGGUCGACGAAAUCAAAGCCUUGGCUCAAAAGAUCUUACCGGCAUAUGUCUGGCGCUAUUACGCUGAUGGAGCUGAUGAUCAAGUGACAACUUUGCGGAAUCAAGAGGUAUAUAGAACUCUUGUCAUUCGUCCACGCAUUCUUCGAAAUAUAUCUUCAAUUGAUACUUCAACACGGAUAUUCGGGAAAUACUACGACAUACCCAUAGCAAUCGCACCGAGCGCAUAUCAGCGACUAGCUGGAUACAACGGCGAGAUAGACGUUGCCCGAGCCGCUUUUGCCCGUCGCACUAACAUCUGCCUGUCUUCCAACGCGACAACAUCCCUCGAAGACGUCGCCCAAGCCCUACCAAAACGCGACGGGAAGUAUCCUAAACCAUGGUUCCAACUAUACUUUGUUCGUUCCCGUGAUAUAACGAAAGAGCUUAUCGAGCGAGCAGAACGAGCGGGCUAUGAAGCUCUCGUGCUGACAGUGGAUACGACGACCAUGGGGAAUCGCCUGCACGAACGGAAGAAUCCGUUGAAGUUGCCUGCUGAUUUGAGCAUGGCUAACAUGACUACAAUCAAAGGCGGUGGCGCAUCCAAGGGUCGAUUGAUUCUGAAUGCGGAGACUGCGGAAGAGGCUGCUAAGAUUGAGAGGGAGCAUUCGGAUCUUCUCAUUGACUCGGCCUUGACGUGGGCAGAGACAAUUCCCUGGCUACGAUCUCAAACAAACAUGAAGAUCAUACUCAAGGGAAUUCUCACAGCUGAAGACGCCCUCUUAUCAGUAGAAGCAGGUGUCGACGCUAUCAUUGUGUCAAAUCACGGAGGUCGUCAACUCGACAGUGUUCCAGCAACUCUUGAGGCUUUACCUGAAGUUUCUGACGCUGUAAAGGGCCGCAUUCCGGUUUUAUAUGACGGUGGGAUCAGUAAGGGCUCAGACGUUUUUAAAGCCCUAGCUUUAGGGGCAGAUCUCUGUCUAUUGGGACAGUCAGCGCUAUGGGGUUUAGCUGUGAAUGGGCAACAGGGGGUAGAGACAGUGUUGAACAUCCUAGAGAGAGAGCUGUGGCGUACAAUGGUGCUGAGUGGCGCUGCAGCAAUUAAAGAUAUCUCUAGGUCAAUGCUAGGGGUACGGAAAUCUGGUGCAGGCUUUGGUAUUGCAAGUUUAUAA